AUGAUGGAGGAGAGCUCUGAUUGCUCUCCUGAAUCGUUGGCUAACGAUGAUCGUUAUGUGAUGGCCAAACAUGCGGCCGUGUACCCAUCAGCUGAAGAGCUAGAGGCUGUCCAGUCUCUGGUGUCGGCGGUAGAAGGAGGACUAAAGUAUGUCUCUGACUGGCUAAUGGAUUCCACCAAGGCCAGUGGUCUUGUAUCUACUGAACCUGCAGAACCCAACCCAAAGUGUGGAGGGCCACUGGUUGGCGUCAUGCGUGUUGGAUCUGUGGCUAAAGGCCUCCUUAUCAAGGGUCUGAUGGACCUCGAGCUGGUUUUGCUGUGCCGAGAAAAGCCUACUAAAAAUCUGCUUCUCACAAUCUGCACCAACCUGCCACUGCAGAUGAAGAAACUGUCAGAGGAUAUGCACACAGUGCAGCCCUGCAUUCCAGAGGCAGCUAUUCUAGUGUUCAAAAGCAGCAGACCUGAUCUGCCUUUGAGGGUCAUCCUUACUUCAAUGCAGAUGAAAAGCCAGGAGCUGGAGAAAAACCAAGUGGAAAACACAAAAGUGAAAGAUCCGUCUGAUCUGCUGGACCAGCAGAGAUGCCUGCUUGCUCUGGCCUCUCUGCGCCAUGCCAAAUGGUUCCAGGUCCGAGUGAGUGGGAAGAGAUCCUGUCUCAUAGUCAUGCGGAUCCUGAGGGAUAUAUGCAACACGAAACCAGUCUGGGCUCCUCUGAAAGGAUGGCCAGUUGAACUGAUAUGUGAAAAAGCCUUCGCCACGAGUUACAGGCCACUGGGACCAAGUGAGACUCUGAGACGGGUCUUGGAAUGUAUUUCCACAGGCAUCUUCCUGCCAGGUGGACCUGGAUUACAUGAUCCGUGUGAAAAAGAAGAGGUCGACACUUUGUCAGCGAUGACGAACGAUCAGGCUGAACUUCUUACCUACACUGCACAGCACGCCCUAAGGCUUCUAGCUUUCGGACAGAUUCACAGGUUCCUCGAGGUGGAUCCUCUUCCUACAGCUAAACCUGCAGUGGAACCAAAAUUACCAGACGGAGAAGCAGGGACGUCUUGGAAAAGACUCCAUGAAGAUGAAACUGCAGACGAACCUAAAAGCAAAAAGACCCGGAAAGAUAUCUCAGGUACUGCUGCAGCUGUAUUAACAUCUGAUGGCAAAUCAGAUUGUAAAGGAAAAUUGGAAACUCUGUCCAAAAGCGCCAGUAAUAAAUUCACACAUGGCUCAUCAACCAAGGUGAAGGUUCAGGGCCCCGUUCUCACAGCCAGGGGCAAAAACCCUGUAAUGGAGCUAAAUGAGAAAAGGAGAGGACUAUCAUAUAACCUCAUCACUGAAAACGGAGAGAACCAACAACAACGCUUCAUUAUUGAGGUAGAAGUGGAUGGACUGAGGUUCAGAGGCUGUGGACCUAAUAAAAGGGUAGCAAAAGCAAAUGCAGCUUUGGCAGCAAUAGAAAAGCUCUUUUCAGCACACAAUGCAAACAGCAAUAAGAAGAAGAGGCCGUAUACAAAAGUGAGUUCAUCUGCUAUAAAUGGGCUUCCCAGAGCAAAGAGGAGUGUUACAGUGCCCAGGCCACUACUUCCUAUUUUUCCUCCUGCUCCUGCGUACUUUACACCAGGCUUUACCCCAUAUGGUUAUGGUCCAGUGGUGCCUCCACCACAUGGUGCUUUGUAUUUUGACGGUCCCGUUUGCCCUCCGCAGACCAUCACUCCUGUUUUUCUUCACCUGGGAACACAGGAUUUCUGUCCUGAUUUUUACAUUUAA